UCCACCUUGUCCCAAGUGGUUGAGUCAGCCCCGCCCGUCCUGUACGUCAUGACGUCAACGCGUCAGACAAAUGACGUCGGAAGGGAAAGGCGGGGGCACUCGCCCGAAACCGCGACGAAGAGAGCGAGCUCACCGGACGCCGGCGGCUUAGCAUCGCCAUGGCGACCCUCGUAUGACAGCUGGCGGGCCAAAGGAUUGACGAGCGCAAAGGACAUUUCAAUCGAUGUGAUUGUGACAUUGCGGAGAAGCUCAUCUGACUUUCAUUGGUGUUGCCGAUCAAUACGACGCGCAGCUUUUGCCGGGGGCACGAAGCCAGUUGGUCCUUGAACCAGAUCCGCCGAUGCCAUGGCAAGCGGGGAGGCGCAGGAGGCGGAGUCCUUCCCGGAGGUGACCGCGCCCACCCAGUCAGGAGAGGCCCGAGGCGUCUCGGCGGCCGGCGAGUGGAGCGCCGCAGCCUCGGCCGGCGGUCCGCUCGCCCCCGCCCCCGGCAGAAGGGCCCUGAGCUUCAGGAGCGUGCAGACCAAAGUCACCCUGUUGGACGGAUCCGUCUUCAGCUGCACGCUGGAGAAACGCGCUCGCGGUCUUCAGCUCUUGGACAAAGUCUGCGAGCACAUCAACCUCCUGGAGCGAGACUACUUCGCCCUGUCCUUCAGAGACGCGGACGACAACAAGAACUGGUUGGAUCCCGGGAAGGAGAUGAAGAAACAACUCCGAGGCAUCCCCUGGAAUUUCUCGUUCAAUGUCAAAUUUUACCCCCCCGACCCUGCCCAGCUCUCUGAGGACAUCACCAGGUACUUGCUGUGUCUGCAGCUGCGCGAGGACGUAGCCUCGGGUCGCCUCCCGUGCUCCUCGGCCACUCGCGCCGUGCUCGGCUCCUACACCGUCCAGUCGGAGCUGGGCGACUACGACGCGGACGAAUGCAGCUCCGACUACGUCGGUGAACUUUGCUUGGCUCCCAACCAGAACAAGCAAAUGCAGGAGAAGAUCACGGAGCUUCACAAAAGUUACAGAGGAAUGACGCCGGCUGAAGCCGAGAUGCUUUUCCUGGAAAACGUCAAGAAACUUUCAAUGUAUGGAGUUGACCUUCAUCAUGCCAGGGACUCUGAGGGCGUGGCCAUCAUGCUGGGCGUGUGCAGUAGCGGCCUGCUGGUCUACAGGGACCGCCUGAGGAUCAACCGCUUUUCCUGGCCCCAGAUCCUGAAGAUCUCCUACAAAAGGAACAAUUUCUACAUCAAGAUCCGCCCGGCCGAGUUUGAGCAGUUUGAGUCCACCAUCGCCUUCAAGCUGCUGGACCACAGAGCGGCCAAGAGAUUGUGGAAAGUUUGCGUGGAGCACCACUCCUUCUUCAGACUGGCCUCCCCGGAAGAACCUCCCAAACGCUUCCUCUCCCUGGGCUCCAAGUUCCGCUACAGCGGUCGAACUCAAAUCCAGAGUCGCAGGGCCAGCGCGCAGAUUUCCAGACCGGCGCCCCGGUUCCCGCGAUGCGUCGGCAAGAGGAACCUGAUGAGUCGCAGCCUCGACGGCGACAUGGGAACAGGCCUGUAUAUGGUGUCUCAAGCCAUCACCGUCAGCGACCUCAUCACCACGGUGACGCCCGAGAAGAGGAGGGAGGAGCACGCCGAUGAAGGAAGCGCUCGGGAGGGAUCCUUUGGAUCAAUCGAGAAGGUGCGGGCCGGCGGAAAGGCGGAGCAGGAGGCGGAGCAAGAGGCGGAGCACGGCGGAGUAACGGAGGCGUCGGAAAGUCCGCUGACUCCCGAGCGACUCGACGACAAGCUGCAAAACACAGAGCAGACGGAGACUGCGGAUGGCGAGCUCACAGGAACCGAGUCCGAGCAGGAAGAAGAUUCUUUAAAAAGCCAUCAGGAAACGACGUGGGGAGCGCGGAAGGUUGAGAAGGCGCCGAGCGCCAUCGGCGACCUGCGCCGCUCUUUCUUGGAGGGAGAGACGCCGGCGGGCGGGCCGACCGAAUGGGAAAAGCGUUUGGCGGCCUCGCCCGUUCGCCGACUGGACGACUCGCCGAUGAUCGAACCUUUGGAAGCGGACGGGAUGUCGCAGGGGGUCCGGACCGCGACGGCGGUGCCCGGCGAGGAGGAGUCGGCGUGUCGGGUCGCGGCCGAAGCUUUCAUGGGACCGCCUCCGCCGGGGGCUUCGCUCAUUCGCGCCGCAGAACCCGCAGUCGGGGAUGCGAUCCGAGAUUCGCGGCGGCUUCGUCGGCAGGAUAGCUUUGCCGGCGGCGACGGGGACGGGGACGAGGACGAGGACGAGGACGAGGACGAGCCGAGUAGCCCGGCUAGUGACGAUGAUGUCAGCGAGGCCAGCCAAGAUGCCAUCGGCGUCGUAGCGCAGGCGCUUGCGGAGGAAGCUUUGGAGACGGCGGUCGGGCAGGGACGCGGCCCGCCGGCUGACGUGGGCCAAUAUCGACGGGGGCCAAUAUCGGGGGCCAAUAUCGGCCCCGGCGCCGGGCCCCCUUCUCUCCCGGCUCCCGCUUCAUCCCUCCGCGACCGUGACUCGGAGGAGGAAGGUGGCCGGGCGACUGGCCAAAAGGUCCCUUCCCCCGCGCCGCCCGCACCCACCCGCCGGGACUCCUCCAGCUCGGCCGACAAAGAGCUUGACGAGCGGGACGAGGACGGGGAAAGCCCGCGAGAGGCGAUCCCGGGGGCCAGGAGGACUUUGACGCUCCAAGCUCUGGCGAGGCCAGCGGACGCGGAUGGCGCCGUCCUCCCGACGACGACUUGGCACGGCGGCGCGGCGGAGACGGCCGGCGGCUGUUCCCUGGCCAAGACGGUGAACCGAGGGAUUUCCGAAAGCAGGAUGGAGAAGAGAAUUGUGAUCUCGGCGGACACGGGGAUGGACCGCGAUCAGGAAGCUUAAAGACUUGAGCCAGACCAUUUGACCGUUGACUCCGACGCUCACUCUGCCGUCGCGCCUCGUGACCGCCACCUUUGGCUUGACGCGCCGAGGGCGAGGAACGUUUCAGUAGCGCGGCCGCACAGCGGAGCAGCUCAAACUUAAUUUCUUCUGUUAUUUAUUUCUUCGUUUGUUUGUUUGAAUCAUGGCCACGUUAUGAGGCCACGCCAAUCCGUCGCCAAGGGCCGGAAGGUGAACGUGCCGGUAUGUCGCCUACCCAACAAAAGCUCCCCACCGCACAGCGGCUCGUUCACUGUGAACAAGUGCUUCGGUCUACCUUAGCGAUGUUAGCAUGCUCAUCUUGCUCCGUAGUUACAAAAAAAAACUAAACCAAAACCAAACGCUCUGCUUCCAGUCCGACUUUGCACCCAUCGCCUCGCUUUGCUCCUGUGGCUCGUCAGUUCUCUCAUUAAACGGGAAGAAAUGACGUUGGCGUACGGGAAGCUAUCGUUUAUUGUCCCUCAAACCACCUGCUGUGUAAUAUGACGUCACGCCCAAG